AUUUUUCGAUGGCAAUACUAAUGUUUGUCGACCUUCCUUUUCGUAAACUUGGAGGAGAAUUCUUCUAGAAAUUAAUAUCUUUGGUCAUAGUUUGCUUUUUGAAGAAUGAAUGCGACAAAAAACAUAAUCACUGCUGCUAGGCAGUUUAGUAGUUCUACACUUAGAACAGCAGCUGUCAUAAAGCCACCUGUUCCAGUUUUUGGUGUGGAAGGUCGUUAUGCUACAGCUCUAUAUUCAGCUGCAAUGAAGGAAAAGAAGAUUGAUGCUGUUGAAAAGGAUAUAAAAGAUUUGAAAGAUGUUUUGAGAAAAGAUGUGAAAUUACGUGAAUUUGUCUUGAAUCCUUUGCUGAAAGUGAACAUUAAAGUUGAUGCCUUGAGGAAAGCGUUUGCCAAAAAGAAUUACAGUCCAUUGACUUUAAAUUUAGUAGUAUCCUUGGCUGAAAAUGGCCGUCUAAAAUCCCUAAUGCCAGUGAUUGAUUGUUUCAAUGGUGUUAUGAGUUCUAUUAGAGGAGAAAUUGUAUGUGAGAUUGUAUCAGCUAAGCCACUUGAUGCUCCUACGCUUGCUGAAUUUGAAAAGACACUGAAAGGAUUUGUUCAAAAGAAUGAAAAAGUACUAUUGCAAACUAAGGUUGACCCAUCUCUGAUUGGGGGAGUAAUUGUAACCAUUGGAGACAGAUAUAUAGAUAUGUCAAUUGCAUCUAAAAUUAAAGCAUACAAUUCUAUUUUGCGAGAAAUUGUGUAGUAAUUAUGAAUUUCAAUCUUUGUAGGGAAAUUUUUUCGAUAAUUCUGAAUUAUUGUACAAUAUUAAGUUUAGAACACAAUAAAAUUUUAUAUAGUGAUACAUUUCUUUCUUCAUUCUAAAAUAUUUUAUGAA